UGUUAGAGGAGUUGUGGGGGUGUCAUGCCACAACCUGCUUAUAAAGGGGCUCGCACGUUGUAGGCUGUGAAAUCAGUGCACGUCGCCUAAUUUUCGUGGGUCAGGCUGCCGUCCGAAUGGAGGUGAUCAGUGAGCUGAAGAAGGUGCUGCCUGGGGCCGAGGCUGCCCUGCUAUGGGUCGGGGCGCUCACCACGGCCUCCCUGACUCUCUGGAUCCUCUACCGGCUCCUCUCCGGCUUCAGAAUAUGGGUGCUGGGCAACGGAGACCUGCUCUCCCCCAAACUGGGCAAAUGGGCAGUGGUGACGGGAGCCACGGAUGGAAUUGGGAAAUCCUAUGCAGAGGAGCUUGCUCGACGAGGAUUCUCCAUGAUGCUCAUCAGCCGCUCCCAAGAGAAGCUUGACGACAUUGCACAGUCCCUUGAAAGUCGCUUUAAGGUGGAGACGAAGACAGUUGCUGUAGAUUUUGGUAAGGUUGACAUCUAUCCUAAGAUUGAAGCUGCACUUGAAGGGCUGGAAAUUGGAGUCCUUGUGAACAAUGUUGGAAUCUCUUAUCCAUACCCGGAGUUCUUCCUGCACAUCCCUGAUCUGGACCAUUUCGUUAACACAAUGAUCAACGUCAAUAUCACUUCAGUGUGCCAAAUGACUCGUCUGGUCUUGCCCAGAAUGGAAGCAAGAGCUAGAGGUGUUGUCCUCAACAUCUCUUCUGCCAGCGGCAUGUACCCAGUUCCACUGCUGACUGUCUACUCCGCCACCAAGGCUUUUGUUGACUUCUUCUCCCGUGGACUCCAAGCAGAGUACAAGUGCAAAGGGCUCAUCAUCCAGAGCGUGCUGCCUUUCUUUGUGGCCACCAAGAUGACAAAGAUCAGGAAACCCACUCUAGACAAGCCCACUCCCGAUCGCUAUGUAGCUGCUGAGGUGACUACUGUUGGGCUGCAGGACCAGACCAAUGGCUAUUUCCCCCAUGCAGUCAUGGGAUGGUUGACCACUGUUCUGGUUCCCAUCAAUCUGGUCAUUUACUUUGGCAUGCGCAUGAAUAAGGCUCAGCGUGGUGGCUACCUCAGGAGGAGAAAGCUGAGAUAGUGUGCAGUGAUGACCUAAAAGGAAAACGACUUGACAACCAUGUCCUCUCAUUCUUAUCAGCUUAGUUUGGAUAUGACUGCCUGACGUUUGUAUCAGUGUUUGAGUAGUUUUGCGUGGAGGCUUUGAAGUGCUGCCUCAGAAGGUUUUUUUUUUUUUUAAUAUAUAUAUAUAUAUAUAUAUAUUUAAGAGCUACUGACCGCACACGUCACACUGACGCAUCUGAAAUGAAGUAGUUCAGACUCUGCCUUUAACUUGGUGAGCAUUUCUUUAUUAUUUGCUUUGGGAGUGGGGGUGUAGCUUUCUGUACAGGGUCUAAAGAGUGCUGCACUGGUGCACGAAGGGCUCACUUUUCACUGCUGUUGUAAGCAGAGGGUCUGUGAAUAGGAAGUGGGUUUGAUAUACACAUGAAAAAAUGUAUAUAAAAGCCACUCAUGCACCUAGUUUGAUGCUCAGUGAUUCUGGUUCCCUGUUUGUUUACAAUCAAUAAGAAGAUACAUUUACAAAACAAAUAUUUUCUUCCGUUUCUAAUGAUCAGAUGAGUACUGGCUUUUUAUCCUUUUUUUUUUUUUUUUUUUUUUUUUUUUUUUUUACAUUUUGUACCCUUUAUGACUAUUGUAUUUAUAAAAAUGGUGGUGGGCUUUUGGUGUUUUAUACUAUGUUAAUGCAAGUAGAUGCAAUGGUGCGCUUUUUUUUUUUUUAAAUAAAGAGCCACUUUGGACACAUGCUGUCAAUCUCUCAGUCUGAAUGUGCCUUAGCAAGAAUAUGCAGGAAACUGGUCAUGGUUAUUAUAAGGAGACCUUUAUGUGCACUUACUGGCCUUCUUUUUCUUUCUUUUAUAUUUUAAAGUUCCACCAAAGAGUAGAAAAAUUGAAUUUUUACAUUCCAAGAAUAUUUAAGCUCAAACAAUUAAUGCCUUUGUUGCUUAAUCCAUAUAUGCUUGUCAAUAAAAUUGUCUUUCCAAUGAAAA